UUUUUUUUGGCAUUAAAUUAUUUAAAAAAUAAUAAAUAGGUACUAAUACGCAAUCAAUAUAAGUACAUAUAACUAAGAAAUAAAGUCCGAGAAUUAAACCAAUAAAAUGUUAAGUUUAAGCAAAAAUUUGUUCAAAGCUCCACUAAAAAAUGUAUAUUGCUUAAAAAAUUGUCAAUUAAGACAAUUUAAUUCAAAUAUGGCCUACAUUAGGAUCACAAACAAAUGUCAACAGAUACAGAAAUUAAAUAGUUUAUUAAUAUUUAAUAGACAAUACGUAAGUCAAACUAUCACUACACGAACUAUGGCAUCUGGAAACGCUGCUCAUUUCGUUCUACCCAAUACCCAGCCUAUAGCUGAUUUAGAAUGUAAAAGUGCAUUUGAAAAUCUAACAGACAAGGAAAAGCUUUAUGCUCAUUAUUACAGUAAAGCCUCGUGGGAUGGUGGUCUGAUUUCUUUAAUACAAUCUAGUCCUGAGGGUCCACUGAUUUUUUCUUUGUUACAUCGCAUUUUUGUAGCUGAAUCUUUGGAAGAUUUGAAGAAUAAAUGUUUAUCGAAUGGCAUUACUGAUGAAGAAUUUACGGCAUUUUUAGUCUACGCCUGUGGUAUAUUUGCUAAUGCUGGUAAUUACAAGGGUAUGGGUGAUAGUAAAAUUAUACCAAAUUUAAGUCAAGAAAAAUUUGAAGAGAUUGUUAAACUAUCAACUGCAUUUAGCAAGGAUUGUCAAGUUCCUAAAGUAUUUAAUAAAGUGAUUUCCCUUAUUUAUGCUUUGAAGCCACGAAAUGAAAUUUUGGGUUUUGCACCAAAUGGUAUAACUACAUAUUGGUCGGAUAAUUGCACCAAGGAAGAUGCUGACAUUGUUAACGAUUGGCUGACAUCUAAACGUAUUGAGCCCUAUAUGUGUCGGACUUUCAAAGUUGAGGAGAAUGGCGAAGUUAUAUAUGACAUAAAACUGGCUUCUGUACGUACUGAAGACGAAGAUGGCAUUACGUUACCUGUAGAAACUUAUAAGGGUAACAAAUUCCGUGUAACUCGUGGUGACUACACUAAAUUAUUGGCUCGUGUUGAUAAGAAUCUGGAAGAAGCUAAAAAGUUUGCCGCCAACGAAAAUCAAGUAAAUAUGAUCGAGAGCUAUAUAAAAUCCUUUGAAGAAGGUACUUUGGCUGAUCACAAAGAUGGCUCAAGACAUUGGAUUAAAGAUAAGGGACCAGUAAUUGAAACUUAUAUUGGCUUUAUUGAAACUUAUCGUGAUCCCGCUGGUGGACGUGCUGAAUUUGAAGGUUUUGUUGCCAUGGUUAACAAGGAAAGCUCAGCCAAAUUUGCGGAAUUGGUAGCUAAGGCUGAAAAGUUGCUGGAAUAUUUACCUUGGACCAAAGAAUAUGAAAAAGAUUCUUAUUUAAAACCUGACUUUACUUCAUUGGAUGUCUUAACAUUUGCUGGUAGUGGAGUACCGGCUGGAAUUAAUAUUCCAAACUAUGAUGAAAUCCGUCAGGAUGAAGGCUUUAAAAACGUUUCACUUGGUAAUGUUUUGGCCAAUAUUAAUCGUAAAGAUCCCAUACCCUUUUUGUCAGAUGAGGAUCAAACUCUAAUGAAAGAAUACAAAGUAAAAGCAUUCGAAGUUCAAGUGGGACUCCAUGAACUUCUCGGCCAUGGAAGUGGCAAACUAUUCCGCAUCGAUGAAAACGGUAAAUUUAAUUUUGACAAGGAAAACACAAAGAAUCUUAUUAAUGGAGAACCAAUUACCACUUGGUAUUUGCCGGGAGAAACUUAUGACACAAAGUUUGGUGCUAUUGGUUCAUCAUAUGAGGAAUGUCGCGCAGAAGCUGUUGGCCUUUAUCUAUCUUUACAACGUGAUAUAUUGGAAAUUUUUGGUUUCAAAGAUCCAGCUGAACAAGAUAACAUAAUCUACAUUAAUUGGUUAUCGUUGAUAUGGAAUGGCAUGGGCGUAGCAUUGGAAAUGUACAAUCCACAAUCAAAACAAUGGAUGCAAGCACAUUCCAGAGCACGUUUUGUUAUAAUGAAAGUAUUAUUAGAAGCUGGAGAAGGUUUUGUUACCAUCGAGGAAUGUGAAGAAGGUAAAAAUUUACGUCUUACAGUUGAUCGUAGUAAAAUUGAGACUGUUGGCAAAAAGGCAAUGGAGAAUUUUCUACAAAAAUUGCAAGUUUACAAGUCUGCCGCUGAUAUUGCAAGUGCUUCCAAAAUGUAUGAGCAUUAUUCAGAAGUUAACGAAACUGGUCCCCAUCCAUGGGCUAAAUGGCGUGAUAUAUGCUUAGCCCACAAAAAGCCUCGUGUAAUUUUGGUGCAAGCAAAUACAAAAGUUGAAAACGAUAAAGUCAAACUUCUUACUUAUGAAGCAUCACACGAAGGUUAUAUCAAGUCUUGGGUAGAACGUUUUCCCGAAACCGACAUUGAUGACAUUCUUGAAGAAAUUGUUGAAAACGAUAAAAAAUAUUUCCCCUGUGCCUUUGGUAAUUGAAGUCGUUAGUUAAAGUUUAAACCAACGUGAAAUAAAACAUACAUACUUUUUGUUUGUAAAAUAUUUGAGAAAAAUAAUAAUUUAUAAUUUUUAACAGAAAUUUUGAGUUUAUUAAUAAAAAAUUAAAGUGCUUCGUUCUUAUAGUUAAAAUACUAAGUCCGUUUAGUUUUGGUAUACAGUCAUAUUUGUAAACUAAACUUUACGUACUUGGCAACCUACAAAAUUAUAAA